AAACACACGAAGAAGAAGAAAACACCGGGGURGUUUGACAAAUGCUUUUCAGCAUGGAGCUCCGUUUCUUAGCUGUUGCGUAGUUUUUCUCCUCACUGUGGUCAUCUUUUCUCCUGAAAGACAAAGCCCGGCAGGGUUCAACAGCAGCGGAUAUGUCCUACUGCAAAGAAGAGGGUAAAGAUCGCAUCAUCUUUGUGACCAAAGAGGACCACGAGGCCCCCAGUAAUGCUGAGCUGAUCGCUGAUGACCCCAACGACCCCUAUGAGGAUCAGGGCCUGAUCCUAYCUAAUGGGGACAUUAACUGGAACUGCCCUUGUCUGGGUGGCAUGGCCAGUGGACCGUGUGGUUCGCAGUUCAAGGAGGCCUUUUCCUGCUUCCACUACAGUAAAGAAGAGGUAAAGGGCUCCGAGUGCAUCAACCAAUUCCUCAGCAUGCAGGAAUGCAUGCAGAAGCACCCCGACCUCUAUCCUCAGGAGGAAGAUGAAGAGACCUCUCGAGCAGAAUCCAAGCCUGUUCCAGAUUCCACUGACAGCGAUGCCUUAUCGUCUGAGAAUAACUCRACUCCAACCACUUCAGGGCUGUCAUCUGACAGCAUGUCGCCUACAGACAACCAGACUGUCAGCUCAUCAUGAGGUUCUCCAAGAGCAGCUGUGAUCGAUGCACCUGAGCCUCUGAGAGGUUAAAUAUGAGUGGACAGAAGAAGACCACCUGCGUUUGUACAAACUCAUAGGCUGAUUUGUUUUAUGGGCAAUCAUAACUUAUCUAAUUCUAUGAUAACUGAGCGUUAACCAUGUUUUUUGCUGCAGGGACUUACAUUAAUUUAUGUGCAAGAAAAACAAACAAACAGAAGAGCUCUUUUUUAUUGUUUGAGUGUUGUCCUCUUGAUUUCAGCUGGUUUAGKGUCUCUGUGUUUCAAAGUGACUCAGAGUUGAGCUGUAUUUAUUAUAUAUACUGGUGCCAGUAAUAWUUGAGUGUUUUAACUUGAACAAGACAGUUUUGACUCUUUUUCAGCUUUCUUUUUAACACAUUAGAGACCAAAGCUCAUGACGAGAAGAACCAGACUGCUGUUUGUCUCUGAUGAUCCUAACUGUGCUCGUUGUCUUACAAGAACUUCAGGGUCUCAUGUUGCUGAGCAAACAGUAGGUAAACGACUAAUCUUGCYUUUCACACCUACUGUACACAUGUAGAAAUAUAUCUGUCAGAUAUCGUUGGCUGGAAACUAAAGUGGUGAAUUUAAAAGUGUGCUGGUGUUUGUCACGACACUGUUCCGAUUAAAUUGUCCAUCUGUCAACUUC